AUGGCCUCUAACGAAGAGGUUGAGGCAAUCGCCUCUGACGCAGACUUCGAGAUCAUCACAACCUUUGCUUACUCGGCAGGUCUCCCCUACAACGAGGCAUCUCUGCCGGAAUCAUACUGCUACCUGCUUCAGUAUGGUAUCGAUCGUCUACAAGCUGCGGCGUCUGAUCUGUCAUGGGACGCCGUGACUGAGGACUUGCGUAGCAUCGACCGUGUCCAAUCAUUGUCCAAGCAGGUCAGCGCCCACAUGCUUUCAACCCACGGCGAAGCGUCCAAGGACCCGGGCAGACGCUUCAUCUCCUACAGCGCCGCUUGGAAACGUGCGGGUGUGGACGAGGCGACGUCGCCUGCUGAAUGUGACGUGCUGUUACAGAAUGAGAACGGUCAUAUCAUGGGAGCCGCGUUUAGGACGGUGUACUUUUGGAGGGAUGGCAGAUUGGUGACUCCGAGUAGUGUGACUGGGUGCAAGAUGGGCGUCUCGAGACGAUGGGCAGUGGAAAAUGCGGAUGUGAAGGAAGCAUUGAUCACAGCUACGGACAUCAGCGAUGGCGAGACGGUUUGGCUGAGUUCGGCUGUAGGGGGCUUUAUACAGGGAAAGGUCACUAUGGAAAGAGAGACUCGAGAUGAAUAA